CUGUCUGGCACUGCGACCACACACGUCAGGUCCGACCGGGGGCUGCCCUUUGACUCAACCUUUUUCUGCGCUGCCCUCCGAUGUUGUGCGGGUGGCCCAUAUACAGUCUACUCGAGCCUCCUCUCUUUCCUUCUUUCCCACCCAGACUUGUCACUCGACACUUUGCUGUUUAUUCAACACACGCUGUUGGUUUAUUUCCCAACCUUUUAAACUCGCCUUCGCCUCCCUCCGCCAUUCACUCCUCGCCUCCUUUCCGUUCGUGGCGACACUCUCCAGCAACAGUCCAACGCUGCCCCCCAUAUCGAAAGUGCCCUCGUCACUACUGCAGCACCAGCAGCUCUCGCAUGCAUAGAUCACGAAUUCGCACCCUACAGCAACCACCCAAGGCACACGCUCUAUCAACCUCUGCCAGCACCAGGUAUUUUACCCGCCGCCUGACAGAAGCUUAAGCGAUACCCCAAUUACGUUUCUCCAAACGCCAACGCGAACCACCACCACCACCACCCACAUUCGAGGCGCAUCCAGUCAUCCGCCGCCUGCUUCAGUCCGCCAGCUUGCCAACAUUGCUGCCCAAAGCAGCCACUUGCAUAUAUCCUUUUGCUGGCCACAUCAGCGGGCCGUUACGACGUGGAAGCCAAAGCUUCCCGCAUCAGAUCUACCCGCCGCCCCUGCCUUGCAGCCCGCCGCCAUUCGUAGUCGCCGAAUGACAUCGCUCUGCAGUGCCUAACCCAUCCUGCCAGCUCACGAGACCUGCACCCAGUUCUACGCCCUGCCCUGCAACUGCCGCAGCUACAACCCUCUAGUGCCUUUUCUAGGACAACUACUGGUACCUCUCAGCUCCCGAUCGACCCUACUGCGGUGCCGUUCCCCCCGCAAAGCCAAACCCUGCCACCAGCUCUUCUCGAAGCAAAUCAACAUGCAGAUCGCCGCUCGCUCGCAACCCUUAUAACACUUGCUACCCUGCCGAAGCGCCCCCUCAGUACCUUUCCUAAGGUGCCUGUGUGUGCCUUCUUAAAGAGAGAGCAUGCCUCCAGCAGCCACAAAUAAGAGAAUGGGUCCUCAAUCAACACUGACAUCCAGCAUGUCGUCUUUGACGGCACAGCUGCGACGCCCAAGCCCAGGCCGCGUACAGACGAAUGUACAAUCACAACCCCCCAGCUCUGUUCCGAUCUCAGCCUCCUCUGUAGCGUCAAAUUCGCAACAGGGUUCUCCAAUCCUCUCACCAGAAACCGCCGUCCUCACUACCAACUCUUCUCUACAGGCAUCUCCUGAUGCCUUGCGUCCCAAGGACGAUGAACAAUCCCCUUCCCUCUUUCAACUCCCCGAAUCAAUUCUUUCUCCAAGCGCGAGCGUUACUUCGCUCGGUAAUAGUUGGGCUGGCACCAACAGUCCGCUUGCUGAAGCCAUUAGCUCCAAUGCCACUACCAUUACCGCACCUAUUCCAACUCCUUCCAAAGGAAACCUCAUCCGCCGAUUAUCUAGCCGUGCCUCAAGACGCAUAACCAGCCGACGACGACAGUCUUCAGCUGCUCCUGCUAGCAGAGAUGGUAGCGUCGGCCCAUGCUUCCUCCGCCGUCGUAGCGAGAGCAAUGGACCUGCCAAUGGUGACUUGGGCAAUGGCACAACUGCCACCGACUCGGAAUCGGACAUUGAAGACAGAGAUGAAUUCGGCUCACUGCGUUCCAUGUUCUUCUUAGAUGGUGUCCCUCGAGAGUCUCCGGCAGACAGCGUCGCUGGUUCUGUCGCGGCUGGCUCCAGCACAAUGGCCAGCCCUGUUAUCCCACUACAGCUUCAGCAGGGCACCUGGCUACGCAAGAUCUCCAAGAAGAGCCGGUCAAAGCGUAUUUGCCUCAUCUAUGACAGAGAAACCAAUAAGCUCAUGUGGGAUCGCAUGCGUCCAAACAAAUUCCUUCAUGUUGACGAUAUCCGUGAGAUCCGCUCUGGAUCCGAUAUCCAGCAGUACGGUCGCGACUUCAAGAUUCCCGAGUCGGAGCGUCCCAAAUGGUUCUCUAUCCUCUAUUCUAUCCCGGACAAAUCCAAGUCCAAGUUUAUGCAUCUUAUUGCAGAUGAUGCUCAAACCAGCCACACCUGGAUCACAUUCCUCGAUGCAAUGAUGAAGCAUCGCCAAGACGUCAUGACAUCGUUGAUGGCUUUUGACUCAAAGGCCAUUGCUCAAUAUUGGCAGUCCGAGAUGGCUAAGCAGCUCGGCGAGCAACCUCGUGGCAACAUGCCUGAGGAGCUCGAUGUGAGCGGCGUGAUGCGCGUCUGCCAAAACCUGCACAUUUAUAGUUCACAGGCCACGCUGCAAGCCAACUUUCGCCUUGCUGAUGCUCGCAGACAUGAGCGACUCAACUUCUCCGAAUUUUUGGACUUUGUCCGAUUCAUGAAGCGCCGCCAGGAUGUCCAGCAAAUCAUUCGACUUGUUAGCGAGAAACCCAAUGUUGGACUCACCCUACCUGAAUUUCUCACCUUCCUAAGAGAUAUUCAGGGUGAGGAUGUUGACUCCAACCUUGCUGCCUGGGAGAAGAUAUUCACCAAGUUCAUCCGAAAGCAUAAAGCUGACGACAGCGUUGAGCCUUUGGAGGGCAUCAUGAGCGAAUCUGCGUUUGUUAGCUUUUUGGCUUCGCGUCAUAACGCACCAAUCGCAGAGGAGCCUCAGCAAUACACGUUGGAUCGCCCCAUGAAUGAAUACUUCAUCUCUAGCUCACACAAUACCUACCUACUCGGUCGCCAAGUCGCUGGCCGUUCGAGCAUCGAGGGCUACAUCAAUGCUCUGGUUCGUGGAUGCCGAUGUGUGGAAGUUGAUUGUUGGGAUGGUCCCGACGGCCAACCUCAAGUGGUGCAUGGGCGCACCCUGACGACCUCCAUCAGCUUUAAAGAGGUCAUGACAACCAUCAACAAGUACGCCUUUGUCAAGUCUAGCUUUCCGCUCUGGAUCUCUUUGGAAGUACACUGCAACGCCUCACAGCAAGCCAUCAUGGCUGAAACCAUCAAGCAGGCAUUCGGUGCCCGUCUCGUCACGGAGCCACUCGAUCCAUCGUCAGACAAGCUGCCAUCGCCUUCGGAGCUCAUGGAGAGAAUCCUGAUCAAGGUUAAGGAGCCCCGCAUGCGGGAUGAUGCUGUCAACCCAGAGCCAGUCGCACCUGUCAUCCGCCGUGGUCGUCGUGGACGCGGAAACAGCGUUGGCUCUUCUACCACCUCUCUCAUUGACGCUCUUCCGGUUGUAUCCCAGUCCCUCCCCCAGAGCCCAAUGCUCAGUUCCUCCUCUUAUCCCCGCCGCAUCAUUGGCAAGCGCGUUGACACAAUCUCUGAAUCCCACACUCCUGAACUUGUCAGCAGCAGCCCUAGCGAUACCGAGAGCGGAAGUGACACCGGUGCUACCCGAUCUGCCAAUAAGACUAUUCCUGUUUUGGGCAAACUGGGUGUUUACUGCGCUGGUGUCAAAUUUCCAGGCUUUGAUGCUCCUGCCGCUAAGAAGUUCAACCACAUCUUCUCAUUCAUGGAAUCGAGCUUCGCUAAAAACUCUCGCACCAAGGAAGAAAAGAUGUCCCUUGACAUUCACAAUAUGAGAUACCUCAUGCGAGUAUAUCCUGAUGGCACGCGCUUGGCAUCUAGCAACUUUGACCCUCUCAUCUACUGGCGCCGUGGUGUUCAAAUGGCUGCUCUCAACUGGCAAACAUUUGACCUCGGUAUGCAAUUGAACCGUGCGAUGUACGAAGGUGGACGUGACACCUCUGGCUAUGUUUUGAAGCCUUCUGAGCUUCGUGACAUCCAAGUGCGCCCGUUCAACUCUGCCCUCGCUGAGGGCAAAAAAGAACGAUCUGUUGUGACCUUUAGCAUUGACGUACUUUCUGCACAGCAGCUAAUGCGUCCCGCCAGCCUCGCCGCCAACAAGUCGAUGGACUUUUAUGUCGAGGUUGAGGUCUUCCACGCCAACGAUAAGAGAGACAAGAACGAUGCUACUGUACCAGUCAACCAUGGCCCAGACUCUGCCCUCAAGUUCCAAACCGACGUCGUCCGCGAGAACGGAUUCAAUCCUCUCUUUUCGAAUGGCAAGUUUGAUUUCAAAGUCACGACAAAGCACCCUGAGCUCGUGUUUGUCCGCUGGACAGUUAAGCUCUCUAGCGACGGAGAGAACUAUACUACCAAAGAACGAGCAACAAUGGCUAGCUACACGGCCAAGCUCUGCAACUUGAAGCAGGGACACCGCACCCUGCCCCUGCUCAACCACGUUGGCGAGCAAUACCUUUUCUCCACGCUCUUUUGCAAGAUCACCAAGUCUGAGGUCCAAAAGGUUCUCAUUGACGUGGCAGCGCCCGUCCAAGAUGCCGGCAAGCUGAACAGACUUGGCGGAAAGGUUUUUGGUCGAUCCAACACCAGCCCACGCAGCACUGUCGAAAAGGGCAGCAUGGAGAAGACCGUCAUUGACAUGCGCUCUUAA